AUGCCAGAGGCCAGGAGCUCCUUCCAGGACCUCACGCGAUGGAAGAAGAAGAAGCAGCCGGUGCGCCGCACGGUCAGCCAGAUCUGCCCGCCCCCACGACGGCCGCUGACCGUGGCCGACAUCCGGCCGGGCAUGGAGAACGAGAGGCUGGGGGUCGUGCGCGAUUCCAUGUUUCAGAACCCGCUCAUCGUCAAGGCAUCAAAGCCGGUCUCGGUGGGAAACUCUCAUUCUGUUUAUUUAUUCUCAGAAGUCUGGAAACUUACUCCUCUCCUUGUGGGGCACCACAUCAAAGGAGGCUCAAGGGCCGAACUCGGGAAGCCCCGGGAAAUAAGCUGCAGUCUGCCUGGAAUCAAUUUUAAUUAUGGACUCUAUAUCCGGGGGCUGGAUGGAGGGGUCCCCGAAGCCAUCGGACACUGGAACGUGUUUAAGCAGCAGCCCACCUGCCCCCAAGAGCUGACCCGGAAUUACAUCGCCAUGAACCGGGGGGCAGUGAAAGCUGGCCUGGUAACCGCUCGGGAGAAUUUCCUCUAUCGUCAGCUCAACGACAUCCGCAUCAGUGACCAGGACGACCGGCGCCUCAAGAAGGAACCGCCCUCUCUCCCUCCAAACAUGACGUUUGGGAUCCGGGCACGGCCUUCCACCCCCUUCUUCGAUCUGCUGCAGCACCGGUACCAGCAGCUUUGGGUGCAGGAACAAAAGGCCACCCAGAAAGCCAUCAAGCUGGAGAAAAAACACAAGGUGAUCCUGGGGAAGCUGUAUGAGACCCGGAGCAGUCAGCUGAGGAAGUACAAGCCGCCCGUGCAGCUGGAUGCCCUCUGGCAGAUGCCUCACUUCCAGAAGGUGGGCCCCCAUCUCGAUACUUUCCCUACCGAGGAUGAUCGCCAGAGAGCGUUCAAAGCCCACCGGGAAGAGUAUGCCGUGCGCCAGGGGACCCUGAGGAUGGGCAACUACACCCACCCCUAG